AUGAAUACCACCGGAAAGGUCUUAACAGCAUCCUGUCACUGCAACAGUGUGCGGUUUACCAUAACCCUACCUGUCCACUCCUUGCCACUGAAUGUACAUCUAUGCCAUUGCGGUAUCUGCCGCCAAACACACGGUACACCGUGCAGCUUCCAUGCCCCAUUACCAUCUGGCAUUGAGCCAAAAUUUGUUUCUCCAUCCAGUCUGAACAAUUUGACUCCGUAUGAUCACGCCACAUCCCUAUCAACGAGAUACUUUUGCAGCACAUGUGGCUGCCACAUCGGGGACCGGGUCCAUGAAGACGGCAACUGGAUUGUUUCCAACGCGAUAUUUGAUGCCAACCAGACAGACCUCGGAAUAUGGAAAUUCAACACUCAUCUACACCCUCAUUCUGCUCCGGACGGGGGACUAUCUGCACUGGUCUCUACCAUCGAUGGGCACACUCUGGACUUCGUCAGCCCCGAGCAUUCCUCGGAGCCCAUCGCAGAUAUACCACCCAAGGACGAGACUGAAGACAACGAGCUACUUGCGCAAUGCCACUGCGGUGGCGUGUCAUUUCAUAUACACCGACCACAAGCCGAGUUUCUCGCCACCCCCGCAAACCGACACUGGGUUUCUCCAUUGGAUGAGAAGAAGUGGUUAGCCUGCAUGGAUCUUUGUGAUGAUUGUCGGCUAGUCAACGGUGCGCAUGUUGUUGCGUGGAUGUUUGUCCCAGUGAACCAUCUGUCACCCAAUCCACCACCUGAUCUAUUGAUUGGGACAUCAAAGGCCUAUCGCUCCACCGCGGGCGUGCUUAGAACAUUUUGCGGCACUUGCGGAGCAACUGUUUUUUAUAACAACGCAGAACGACCAACAAUAGUCGACAUAGCAAUGGGAUUAUUACGGGCGCCUGAAGGAUUUAUGGCUGAGAACUGGGUGUUGUGGAGGUCUGGUCGAGCUGCAUGGCCGGAAAGUGGAAAGCGCUACCAUUCGGGUUUCAGCCAUGCGUUGAUCGAAGGGAUGAGACAGUGGGGAAUGAAGCGGGGCCCAUUGCAUGAGUUUGAGAUAUAA